UGACCUGUUUUAUUUUGAUGUUAAGCACCGCGAUACUUUGCAAGCAGUUUACAAUACGCCUUCGCAGCGAGAGGUUAUAUUACUAAGAAGUAAUUAUCCAUUAAAAUGCAGUUCAAGCCCAAAAAUACUUUGUUGCACCUCCGCCCCGAUUCAACCGAUGUUAUUCUUAAAGAAUAUAAUUUGGACAAGCCGGGAGCUAUGGAGGAGUCUAUCAAAAUAUUACGGGAUUGGGUUAAGAAACAACCGCAUUUUACUAGGACUGACUUCACUGAUGGAUACCUGCGCUCAACAAUCUUAGAGGGAAAGGGCUCGAUUGAGAAGGCAAAACAAUACAUCGAUAGAAUGUGCACCCUGAGGACUUUAUUACCUCAGUGUUUUGGCGUUCUCGAUGUCAGAAAUGAUUUCAAAAAUGUAUUCGAAGUAACUACUCCGGUAAUUUUACCGAAUUUGACUAAGGAGCAUUAUAGAGUAUUCGUAUCGAAGCUCACAGCAAAUGUCACGGAUACAGCGCAGAUAACGAAUUACUUCAAAUAUGGAUAUUUGAUUGGAGAUUACAUAAAGGCCCACGACAUCAUCACAGGUUACAGGCUGGUUGUCGAUUUUACAGAUAUAAACAUGAUGGAUCUAUUAACUAAGCUAAAUCCUAUGGAUCUGAGACACGCCUUGACAAUCUAUCUUGAAGGCUACGGUAUGAAAAUCAAAGGGAUUCAUCUUAUAACCGCUUCAAAGUUCAUUGAUGGUCUAGUAGUUCUCCUGAAACAGAUAUUGAAACCCAAAGUAGGUGGUCGGAUUUACGUGCACAAGUCUUGUGAAGAUCUUCACGAAAUUAUUGGCAAAGAUAUCCUGCCUGAGGAGUUUGGUGGCUAUGAGAAAUCAUUGAAAGCUAUUCACGAGGACUGGCUGGAAGAAUUGUCCCGGGAAGAAUUAAAAAAAUACUUACGGGAUAUCAACUCAGCAAAGACCGACGAAGCUUGCAGACCUUCUGUCAAAUUUAACGAGGACUACGCUGGCAUGCCCGGAACCUUUAGAGUUUUAAGCCUAGAUUAAAUAUAUUAAACCAUUCUUUAAAAUAUGUAUAAUGUAUAUUCUUUAUAUUAUUUUUACUCUACAAAGCUUUGUUUGUCAUCCUAAAUAGAGUUGAGUGAGCUCCGGGUUGGACUCGGGAUAAAAUAUAAAAAAAAACAGCUUAUACCACGUAGGAAAAGGUAGAUUUCCAAAGGACACAGAAUUUAAUAAAUCCAUGUACUAGUUUUUGUGUUUAUCCAACAUAAACAAACUUACAAGCCUUCGAAUCUUUUAAUUUUAUUCGUGUAUUCGUGUAUAUUGAUUGAAAUUAUUCUUACGUACGUAUUUUAUAUUUGCUCAUCAUUUAAGCAGUAUCAUAUUAAGCAUGGAAAUCUGUUAUUUAAAUGCAGGUGUUUUUAAUAAUUAUUAAUUAAUAGGUAGGUAAGUAAGAAGUCUUAAGCCAUUUGACAUUUGCAUCAACUCAAUUAAUUAAUUAUAAGUA